AUGUUGUCACAAAGUCUCUAUGACGAAUGCCAAAGGAAGUAUGGUAACGCUAAUGCGUGGCGAUAUUGCACAGAUGUUUUCGACUAUCUUACCCUGUCAGCUAUUAUAGAUGGCACCGUUCUAUGUGUUCAUGGUGGCCUUUCCCCUGAUGUCCGGACAAUUGAUCAGGUUAAACUCUGCCUUUAUUGCUGUAGGCUUUAUUCAUUUUCGUUUGGCUUUUGGUGUGUGGGUGGGUGGGUAUGUGUUUGA